AUGAUUAAUAUUGUUGAUAUUGUGGCUGUGUACAGUGCAGAAAGACUAGAAGCUCAUGCUGUUAAAGCUCUUUAUGUUGGAUACAGCUGGAGACUUGCAACCUUUAUUUUGGCUUUUCUUAUUACAAAUCUGGAAAAAAAAGUUGGCAUCAUUACUUCGGGUGUGAAUUUCAUCUUCUGGCUCUUGAUAGUUAUAACUGAAACGAUUCCUUUGUACAGCAAAAUCAUCCAAAAGGAAUAUGAAGUUGAUUCCUUACAAUUUACACUAUUUUGCUUGAGUUACAGUUUUUCUUUCAUAGAACUCAUCCUUUUUGCUUUUGCUGAAAAAUAUUCCAUCUUUAGCCGUGGUUACAUUGAACUACGAUCAAAUGAAGAUAUCAGCAGUAACCCUUGCCCAUUUGAAAGCAGUUCUUUCUUGAGCAGAAUUCUCUUCAACUGGAUUACAAAAUUGGUUUAUACAGGCUACAAAAGGCCUCUGGAUGAAUUUGAUUUGUGGGACUUUAUUUUGUACCUCCCUUUUUAA